GUUCAUUUAUUUAAAAUCUUCGCUAUAAACCCAGUGCUGAAGAGUAGCGCCAGUGUGACCAUGCGGGCUUAGGUUUGUGUAACAGAUUCAGUAUUUACAUUCUGCUGGAACUGACAUUUACAUGCUGACAUCAGUGCAGUGAACGCCUUUUAUUGAUAUGGACGGCUCGAGUCCGCUUUUAGCCGCUGCUGGUUCAGACGGUGACCGCUCCAGCUCGGAGGGCGAAUACACGCUGGCCGGCGGACCCUCUGCGGGAGACACCGAGAAGCGGGAGGGCGAGUCGCCGAUGGAAGCUGCCGGUGCAGGCACGGUGGGCUUCAGUAUCUCCCGGCUGGACACCCUGAGCGCGCUGAGGCUCAACCGGACGCGACCGGCCGCGGACACCGAGCUCCGGUACCUGCACCUUUUAUGGAAGCCCGGUGAGCUGCUACAGGCGGGACGGAGCACACCAGGAAAAAUCACAUCGAGCAGGGUGAGGCGGCUGGCAAGAGCCCGGAGGAACAUGGGGCCCAUUGGAAAAGACCUGCAUGCUGUGAAGAGGCUCAGAGAAGCUGCCAAUUCAAAUGAUAUAGAUACAGUGAGACGAUUGCUGGAAGAUGAUACUGAUCCUUGUGCUGCUGAUGACAAAGGCAGGACAGCCUUACACUUCUCUUCCUGCAAUGGCAAUGAGACUAUCGUCCAGUUGCUGUUGAGUUAUGGUGCUGACCCAAACCAGAGAGACAGCCUUGGGAACACACCAUUGCAUCUGGCUGCCUGCACCAACCACGUGCCUGUGAUCACAACCUUACUGCGAGGAGGUGCUCGUGUUGAUGCUCUGGAUCGUGCUGGAAGGACUCCUCUCCAUCUCGCCCGCUCCAAGCUCAACAUCUUGCAAGAGGGAGACUCGCGUAGCCUAGAGACCCUCAGAGGAGAGGUCACACAGAUCAUUCAGAUGCUGAGGGAGUAUCUGAAUAUAAUGGGACAGAGUGAAGAGAGGGAGAAACUAGAGCACAUCUCAACCCAGCUGCAGAACACCCGCACCAGAGAACAGGUGGAUGAAGUGACCGAUUUACUGGCCAGCUUCACGUCUCUCAGUAUUCAGAUGCAGAAUAUGGGAGACAGGUAGAGAAGCACUGAAGAAAAGAUGACAGAAGAUGGGACAGCUGUGGCUUUUGUUGGGAAAACUAUUUAUAUAUGACAUGCCUACAUCAAUGAUUCUGGUUAUUUAACUGCAACUUUGAGAAAAUGACACAUUGCCUUUGUUAUUUUUCACCCUUAAAGGGAUAGUUCACACAAAAAUGAACAUUUACCAAUUGUCCUCUUUUAAGUGGUUCAAAAUCUUUAAAUUUCUUUCUUCUGCUAAACACAAAUACGUUGAAGAAAGCUGAAAACCUGUAACCAUUAAAUUUAUAGUAGAAAAAACAAAUACCAUGGAAGUCAAUGCUUAGAGGUGUCCAGCUUUCAUUGAAAUAUCAUAUUUUGUGUUCAAUAGAAGAAGAAAAAAGACACACAGGUUUGGAAAGCGUGAAUGGUGAGUAAAUGAUGGAUAUUUCAGUUUUGAAUGAACUAUCCUUUUAGGAAAUAACUCAUUCCUUUCUGAUAUGCCUUUAUUGUAGCCUAUAAUGUCACUGUUUACUGUAUUAUUAAUUUUUGUAAUUGACAAUUAAGACUGCCAAAUAAAUGACAAUGCCAAAAGUG